GGUUAAAUAUUCCUUUUCUUUUUUUUUGGUUUGGGAAGGAAAAAUUGGCGCGGAAGGUGGGAAAAGGACAGUGCGGAGGGGGAGAGAGAUGAGCUCGUCGGCGCUUGAACCGGCGGCGCCGGAUCUGGUGUGCCAGAUGGACAACGUCCAAGGUAUGGUCGAUGCCUUCUCCGCCGUCCGAUGGAAGCGUCACCAGGAUGCCGUGAUUGAACUGUCGGAGCACGGGGUCGUGUUGAUUGUGGAGGAAACCAGUUGUCUUCAAGCCAAAGUUUAUCUUCAACGGGAGCUUUUUAUUCGCUAUGAAUACCAUGCCGAAGGGCGGCCUAGGUUCGGGGUGAGUUUGGGGCUCUUUGUUGAUUGCUUGAACACAUUUUCUGCUCCUGGACGUUCAAGUAUUAUUGAGAUUCGGUAUCCAGGACCUGAUAUGCAGCUCCUUAUCAAGUCUGUUGAUUCGCUUGAUGCUUGCAUUUAUGCAGAAAUCAGGACAAGAAUCCCAGAUACGAUUUCAUGGGACUACAACUUUGAACCUGCAGGAAGCUCACCACUCAGUUUUACCGUAAAGUCUGCAGCACUAAAAGAAGCAAUUGAUGAUCUAGAAUGGCCAGGAUCAAGCAUCAAGAUUAGUCUCCAGCCUGCACCACCAUGUGUUACAUUUAAAGGAGAAGGCCAUGGAGACUUGCAGAUUGACUUCAUGUAUUAUGCAAAUACUGAUCUCCUGAUUGCAUUUCAGUGUGAUCAUCAAAUCUCUUACAGAUAUAAGUACAAGUUUCUACAGGCAGCCACUUCAAACCUACCCAGCAGUGUUAUUAGAGAUAACAGAGGAAGUAAAUUGACCAUGGGGAGAGGAGGCAUGCUGAAAGUUCAGCACCUGGUUUCAGUUGCCAGGCCAUCUACUUCACAUCCCCAUGUUGAUUCUGCUGGCUAUCAGCAACCCAGCCGAAUAGCUUAUAUUGAGUUUUUUGUGAAGCCUGAGGUAAAUGAAGACGCAGCAAAUGAUUCAUAGGACUUUCUUGAAGACAUUUGUGUUUAUAUUUGUAGAAGUCAGAUCAUAAUCAUUGUCCUAUCAGCAAACACACUAUACAUCUCCAGAUGUUGUUGUUGAUUUCCUGAAAACAUUUGUGUUUAUUUUAGUAGAAGUCAGUUACCAACCUUGUUCAACCAUCAACUGUUGAUCUCCAGAUACUGCAAGAAUGACUGCAUCAACUGCCUGUUGGCAUUCAUGUUCAACAGAAGACUUCAAAAUCUGCCGUCUUUCUUUCCUAAGUGAAUUCUCGACCAAUGGAAAUGAGUGAAAAGAAAAAGAAAGAAAACAAUUUUCC